UAAUAAUAAUAAUAAAAACCCGAUUCCCUUGCCUUUGUCUUUCUACUCUGAUCAUACUUUUGUCAUGCACAGCAGAACGAGUGAAGGUGAGAGUUGACUUAAGCCAAAUCUCAUCACAUCAGUUAACCUUAACAAGAACCAACCCAGUUCAUAGCAACCAAUUCCCUUGCCUUUGUCUUUCUACUCUGAUCCUCUUUAGUUCUUGAGAUAAUGGCAGCAGCACUGGUCGGUGGUGCCUUUCUCUCUGCUUUCCUUGAUGUGCUUUUCGACAGGCUGGCUUCACCUGAGUUUGUUGACCUGAUCCGUGGAAAGAAGUUUAGCAAGAAGUUGCUUCAAAAGUUGGAGACCACUCUCAGAGUGGUUGGAGCUGUGCUUGAUGAUGCCGAGAAGAAACAGAUCACAAACACCAAUGUCAAACACUGGCUCAAUGAUCUCAAAGAUGCUGUCUAUGAAGCCGAUGACUUACUCGACCAUGUUUUCACCAAAGCUGCCACCCAAAACAAGGUAAGAGACUUGUUUUCUCGCUUUUCCGAUAGGAAGAUCGUUAGUAAGUUGGAGGACAUAGUUGUCACCCUAGAGUCUCAUUUAAAACUCAAGGAGAGUCUUGAUUUGAAAGAGAGUGCAGUGGAGAACUUGUCAUGGAAAGCUCCAUCAACAUCUCUGGAAGAUGGAUCUCAUAUAUAUGGUAGGGAGAAAGAUAAGGAGGCCAUAAUCAAGUUAUUGUCGGAGGAUAACAGUGACGGUAGUGAAGUGUCUGUCGUUCCUAUUGUGGGCAUGGGUGGGGUUGGAAAAACUACUUUGGCCCAAUUGGUGUACAACGAUGAGAAUUUGAAACAGAAAUUUAAUUUUGAUUUUAAGGCAUGGGUUUGUGUUUCUCAAGAAUUUGAUGUUCUGAAGGUCACAAAAACUAUAAUAGAGGCGGUUACUGGAAAGCCUUGUAAAUUGAAUGAUCUGAAUCUACUUCAUCUUGAAUUGAUGGACAAGCUGAAAGAUAAAAAAUUCUUAAUUGUCUUGGAUGAUGUUUGGACAGAGGAUUAUGUUGAUUGGAGUCUUCUUAAGAAACCAUUUAACCGUGGGAUUAGGAGAAGUAAGAUUCUUCUAACAACCCGCAGUGAAAAAACAGCAUCUAUAGUCCAAACUGUUCACACCUAUCAUCUAAACCAAUUGUCGAAUGAAGAUUGUUGGUCAGUGUUUGCGAACCAUGCGUGUCUUUCCUCCGAAUCGAACAAGAACACAACAACCCUAGAAAAAAUUGGAAAGGAGAUUGUUAAAAAGUGCAACGGACUGCCUUUAGCAGCACAGUCGCUCGGAGGCAUGUUGAGAAGAAAGCAUGACAUUGGUGAUUGGAAUAAUAUUCUGAAUAAUGACAUUUGGGAUCUUUCUGAAGGUGAGUGUAAAGUUAUUCCAGCACUGAGACUUAGUUAUCAUUAUCUCCCUCCACAUUUAAAACGGUGCUUUGUUUAUUGUUCCUUGUAUCCACAAGAUUACGAAUUUGAUAAAAAUGAAUUAAUCUUGUUGUGGAUGGCCGAAGAUCUUUUGAAGAAACCAAGAAAUGGUAGGACUUUAGAAGAGGUUGGUCAUGAGUAUUUUGAUGAUUUGGUUUCGAGAUCAUUUUUCCAACGUUCAAGUACAAAUAGAAGUAGUUGGCCUUUUGGCAAAUGUUUUGUGAUGCAUGACCUCAUGCAUGAUCUAGCCACAUCACUCGGUGGAGAUUUUUACUUUAGAUCAGAAGAACUUGGGAAAGAAACAAAGAUCAACACCAAGACUCGUCAUUUGUCAUUUACCAAAUUCAAUUCUUCAGUCUUGGACAACUCUGAUGAUGUUGGUAGAACAAAAUUUCUGAGAACUUUCUUGUCCAUUAUCAAUUUUGAAGCUGCUCCAUUCAAGAAUGAGGAGGCACAAUGUAUCAUAGUGUCGAAGCUUAUGUACUUGAGAGUUUUAUCAUUUCGUGACUUUCGAAGUUUGGAUUCUUUGCCUGAUUCAAUAGGUAAAUUGAUCCAUCUGCGCUAUUUAGAUCUCUCUCAUUCAAGUGUAGAAACACUGCCAAAGUCAUUGUGUAAUUUGUACAAUCUGCAAACUUUGAAGUUGUUUGAUUGCAUAAAGCUGACUAAGUUGCCUAGUGACAUGUGCAAUCUUGUUAACUUGCGUCGUCUUGAUAUUUCUUGGACUCCUAUAAAAGAGAUGCCGAGAAGAAUGAGUAAAUUAAAUCAUCUACAACAUCUGGAUUUCUUUGUUGUGGGCAAGCACCAAGAGAAUGGAAUCAAAGAAUUGGGAGGACUUCCAAAUCUUCGUGGUCAACUUGAAAUUAGGAACUUGGAGAAUGUUUCCCAAAGUGAUGAAGCGUUGGAGGCAAGGAUAAUGGAUAAAAAACACAUUAGUAGUUUGCGGCUGAAAUGGUCUGGAUGUAACAACAACAGUAACAACUUCCAACUUGAAAUAGAUGUGCUUUGCAAGUUACAGCCUCAAUAUAACAUUGAAUCGUUGGACAUAAAAGGUUAUAAAGGAACCAGAUUUCCAGAUUGGAUGGGAAAUUCUUCCUACUGCAAUAUGAUUAGUCUAAAAUUGCGUGAUUGUGACAACUGUAGUAUGCUUCCUUCACUUGGACAACUACCUUCUCUCAAGGACCUUCUAAUUUCAAGAUUGAAUAGGCUGAAGACUAUUGAUGAAGGUUUUUACAAGAAUGAAGAUUGUCGUUCUGGAAUGCCCUUUCCCUCCCUUGAAUCUCUGUUCAUUUAUCACAUGCCUUGUUGGGAGGUGUGGAGUUCGUUCAAUUCAGAAGCUUUUCCUGUGCUUAAAAGUCUUGUAAUAGAUGACUGCCCCAAACUAGAGGGAAGUUUGCCGAAUCACCUUCCUGCUCUGGAAAUACUUUCAAUUAGAAAUUGCGAGCUGCUUGUCUCUUCUCUCCCAACGGGUCCCGCCAUUCGAAUUUUGGAGAUAAGUAAAAGCAAUAAAGUAGCACUGAAUGUGUUUCCUCUCUUGGUAGAGACUAUAGAAGUAGAAGGAAGCCCAAUGGUGGAGUCCAUGAUAGAGGCCAUCACUAAGAUCCAACCAACAUGUCUCCGGUCUUUAACAUUAAGGGAUUGCUCGUCAGCCGUGUCAUUUCCGGGUGGUCGUUUACCUGAAUCACUGAAUAGUCUGAGUAUCAAGGAUCUUAAAAAACUGGAAUUCCCGACGCAACACAAACAUGAGUUACUGGAAACACUGUCAAUACAAAGCAGUUGUGAUUCACUCACAUCUCUUCCAUUGGUUACCUUUCCAAAUCUCAGAGAUCUUGAAACCAUAAACUGUGAAAAUAUGAAAUAUCUUUUGGUUUCAGGGGCAGAGUCAUUUAAGAGUCUGUGUUCUUUGAGAAUUUACCAAUGCCCCAACUUGAUUAAUUUCAGUGUUUCGGGCUCUGACAAGUUGAAGUCGUUGCCUGAAGAGAUGAGUAGUCUUCUCCCAAAGUUAGAAUGUCUCUACAUAUCCAACUGCCCAGAAAUUGAGUCCUUUCCAAAACGGGGUAUGCCACCUAACCUGAGAAAAGUUGAGAUUGGCAAUUGUGAGAAACUACUGAGCGGCCUAGCAUGGCCAUCCAUGGGCAUGCUUACUCAUCUCUCUGUUUAUGGUCCAUGUGAUGGCAUCAAGUCCUUCCCUAAGGAGGGUUUGCUGCCUCCCACCCUUACGUCUUUGUAUCUAUAUGACAUGUCAAAUCUGGAGAUGUUGGACUGCACGGGGCUUCUACAUCUCACAUACCUGCAAGAAUUAACCAUAGAGAGUUGUCCUUUGCUGGAGAUGUUGGACUGCACGGGGCUUCCUGUCUCUCUAAUAAAAUUAACAAUGAGGGGAUGUCCUUUGCUGGAAAAUAUGGUGGGAGAAAGGCUUCCUGACUCUCUAAUAAAAUUAACCAUAGAGAGUUGUCCUUUGCUGGAAAAACGAUGCCGCAUGAAGCACCCUCAAAUUUGGCCUAAAAUUUGCCACAUCCCUGGCAUUUGGGUUGACUAUAGAUGGAUUUAGAGACCAAGGAUGAUGAACAGAGAAUCAACAAAUUAUCAAAGGCAACGUGGAAAUUGACCUUGUAUAUAUGUUUCGAAGAAGUAACGAUACAGGUACUAAGUAACAACAUUGAUAAAUACUUAAAUAUAAUGAUUCUCCGGAAAAAUGUUACACAUCAGUGUUGUUAUAUUCUAACUUAAUUUCUCCUUAAGAUUAAUGAGGCCAGAGUGAAAAUGACCGCGGGAAACUUAUUUUUAUUUUUCAGAUAUGGUUGAUUGGCCCAGAGAAACUGUACCUACCCAUGAAUCUAAGUUCAAAUUUGAACUAGUGCUAAAUGUAACUUUUGAUUUAAUUGACGUCAAAUUGACACUUUCUCAAUAGCUGAAUUUUUAUUUGUGAGGUUUUUCGUUGGGUAUAAUGUGAAGGAUGAAAAGGUGUACCAAGUGAACUUUAGAAGGAUUGGAUGAUUUCAGCUUAUCUCUUA